AGUAUGCAACUCAACACAAAAAAACAUUAAAAGAUAAAUCUCAACAUGAUGUUUUUGAGAACUAUUAUUAGGAUGCUUGUUGAGGUUGCGUUGUUGGCGCCAAACUCAAGGGACAACCCAAACUAGAUUUCAAUCAAGAAUUACUUUCUUUCAAAUCUGUUGCGCAUUGAUGCAUUACUGAAAAGAUAGCAUUUAAAAACUGUAUAUGAAAGAAGAAUCCACCUUAUCAUUUGUUGAGUUCCAAGAUUGUGUUGCAAGAACCUAAUGACAUGCUAAUAAGAAAAGCCAAUAAAUCAUCACAUCUUUCGGAAUAAAAGUGGCAACAACAACAAAAGCUUGACUUUUCAAAGACCCACAAUCCCAACUUCAACAUACAAAAUAUACAUCCCGAUGGAAUCGAGAACAAUGAAAUAAUAAAUUCCCCAACACAUGUGUUUAGAAAUAUUUAAUCACGCUAUAAUUGUGAUUAUUUAUUAGUUUAUAUGUGUGAGUAUUUUUACUCACAUACAAAAAAGAGAAAUUUUAUUCUUAUGACCCAGGUUAUAAAAUAUUCUACCAAAAAUUAUAUUCAAAGUUUUUCCUUUUGAUUCAUCUAAAGAAAAAAACUUCAUUUUUGCCACAUAUGGACAGAGGCAUUUAAAUUAUAUUUGUCGUGAAAAUUUUACUGGCAAACUGGAAUUAAAGAGACGUCUCAUGCUCCUGAUAUGCAGAAAGAAGUGUUUUAAAAACGGCAUUUUCUCAUUGACCACUUAGUAGAGAAACCAUAUGCUUUCAAAUUUUGUGAUAUUUUCUCAGCUUCCGAAUUUAAAGAAACGAUUACUGGUGCAUACUAAACAGAAACCACAUACGUGUGACAUUUGUAAUAAAGCAUUUUUCCCCCAACGCUUGCAACUUUUGCGUAACAAAGUCUUUUCUAUGAUUUCCAAUUUCGAAAGACAUUUACGGGCGCUUACACAAGAGAAAAUGUUUAAAUGCGAGUUUUGCAAGGAAACCUUUUCACAAAACAGUAAUUUAAAGGUACAUUUACGUCUGCAUACGGGUGAAAAACCGUAUGCUUGUGAAUUUUGUAAUAAACUAUUUUCGGCGAAGGGGAAUUUUAAAAGACAUUUAUUGAUACAUACACUAGAGAAACAGUUUACCUGCGAGUUUUGCAAUAAAGCCUUUUCCGAAAACAGGCAAUUAAAAGUACAUUUACGUACGCAUACUGGAGAGAAACCGUAUGCAUGUGAAUUUUGUAACAUACCCUUUUCACAUAAGUUUAGUUUGAAAAGACAUUUGCGUACACAUACGGGAGAGAAACCGUAUGUAUGUGAAUUUUGUAACAAAUCCUUUUUGGAUAAGGUGUGUUGGAAAAGACAUUUACUGACGCAUUCACAAGAGAAACUGUUUACAUGUGAGUUUUGCAGUAAAGCCUUUUCCCACGACGGCAGUUUAAAAGUACAUUUACGUACACAUAAUGGAGAAAAACCGUUUACAUGUGAAUUUUGUAACAAACCCUUUUCGAUUAAGGGGAGUUUAAAAAAACAUUUACGUACGCAUACGGGAGAGAAACCGUAUGCAUGUGAAUUUUGUAACAAACCCUUUUCGGUUAAGGGGAGUUUGAAAAGACAUUUACGGACGCAUACACAAGAGAAACUUUUUACAUGCGAAUUUUGCAAUAAAGCCUUUUCCCAGAACGGUAAUUUAAAAGUACAUUUACGUACGCAUACGGGUGACAAACCGUAUGCAUGUGAAUUUUGUAACAAACCCUUUUCGGAUAAGGAUGGUUACAAAAAACAUUUACGUACGCAUACUGGAGAGAAACCGUAUGCGUGUGAAUUUUGUGACAAACCCUUUUCGGUUAAGGGGAGUUUGAAAAGACAUUUGCGUACGCAUACGGGAGAGAAACCGUAUGUAUGUGAAUAUUGUAACAAACCCUUUUCGGAUAAGGUGUGUUGGAAAAGUCAUUUUCUGACGCAUACACAAGAGAAACUUUUUACAUGCGAGUUUUGCAAUAAAGCCUUUUCCCAUAACGGUAAUUUUAAAGUACAUUUACGUACGCAUACGGGUGACAAACCGUAUGCAUGUGAAAUUUGUAACAAACCCUUUUCGGAUAAGGAUGGUUGCAAAAAACAUUUACGUACGCAUACUGGAGAGAAACCGUAUGGAUGUGAAUUUUGUAACAAGUCCUUUUCGGUUAAGGGCAAUUUAAACAGACAUUUACGAACGCAUACUAGAUAAAAAAAACCGCAUGAGACUUCUGCAAUAUAAGAUACUCUCUUUCCAUUUCUUUGAAGAUACAUUUGCCAAAGCAUAUCAUAGAAAAUGAAUUACAUAACUCUGAUAUUCAAUAAAGCGCUGGUUAAUAGAAAAGCUUCGCCUCAUCUUAAAGAAAGACUUUAAAUAACUAUGUUGUAGUAAGUUACAGUUUUAUAAAACGAGGACCAUAAAGGCUUAUUAUUUUAAUCGUUAAGUUGAAAUAAUCUCUUCUGAAAUUCUAUUUUGUAUUGCAAAAUGCAUAAUGCAUAUUCAUUGUUAUUAUACGAGGUAAUUCUUAUACUUAAAUUUAUAUUCCAACUUAGCAGGGCUUUUGAAGAAAACAAAACAACUUUUAAACUUAUUGUUCAACCGAAAUUACAAAUAGCAGUUGAAAAUUUAAACGAAAGAGUUAUAAAUGUUCUUUAGAAGCACCUCAUAAACUACAGACAAUAUCAAAGCGAUAUGAUAACUCAUUCCAUACCCUUUCAGUUUCUCAAAUAUUAUACUUUGAAACCCUGCAGCUAUUCAUGUUUGAAGUUUAUGAACAUCAGUAGAUUGUUUUGGAAUCAACAAUUGCAGUUUGUUGUAGCCUCGGAUUAGUUUAUUAAGUGAUUUGUGAUUAGUUUAAGUUUCAAGUGAUUAGUUUAUUUGUGAAUGUCUUUUAUACACAUGAAUCAAAAUGUUUCCAUUAAAAAUUUUUGUUAUAUUAAAAAGUAUUUUAAAUUAAAAUACUUUUGUUUUACUUUUGUGUGUGCCUAUAACUUGUGUAAGUUUUCUUCUGUGUCAUUUUGUGCCUUGUUUGAUUUUCAAAUUUGUGAUUUAUUAUUAGAAAUAUGAAAUCUAAUAUGCUGAAAUAUGACUUUGUACAGAAUUCUUUCAAUUAUGAAAUUUAUAUAAUAUGGUUUCCCGCUACAA